GUCGCGCUCAGUGUGGCGGUGGCUGUGGAAUCGGGAAGGUCUACGGAGACAUAACUGGAAAUUCGGCUUUCGGUGGAAGGAGCCCUUGAUGGUCGCCGUAUGCAGAGGGGAGAGAAAGAUUACCUGCUUAUGGCCGCUGCGCUCGCCUUCUGCUUGAGAUGAGGCCGACGCCGAACAGCUGGACGAAGGUCCUUGCUCUUCUGUCCCAGCUUCUCGCCAUCGCCUUCGUCAGCGGCCACAGGAAAUACAAGCACUUCCCGGGGACUUACACCUGGGGCUUCCCCGAGAGCGGCCCCAUAUCCUUCUCGGGAGGCGCCUCUUCCUCCGGCGGGGCCCGCUCGGUAGGAUUCGGCGACUUUCGCGGCACGGUCACGUUCGGCAACACCCGUGGCCGUUGGGUGGGCAGGGCCACGCCCAUCUUCAGAGCCCCGUCCUCCAAGGUCGUCUCCAGCACGAUCUUCGUCUCGAGUCCCGGUCUUCCCGACAACGCCGUCUACAAUCCCUAUAAUUCUCGCCGCGGAGGAUACGGGGCACAGGGAGGAUUCCGCCAGCGCUAUCCUUCAGGUCAGGUGCGAGGCGGCGCGAUUCUGUACUCCAAUGACGGAUUCUACAGGGAGGUCGACCCGCGGGAGAUCAUCUACGGGAGGGCGCUGCAGGGAGCACUGACUGGUGCCAGUCAGGCGAUCGUGACACUCAACGAAACUGACGGCGCUGUCGUCAUGGUAAAUCCCCAAGUUGUGUCAUAUGCAAAUGCGACUAAGGAUUCAUUCCGUGAUGAAUCCGACAAGGAGCUGCUUCCUCUUGAAAGGCUUGGUGUCCAACGCGUCGCCGAUAAAACUGAAGCUGAAUUAGCCAGAAAUAAAACUGAUCUUGAGAGCGAAAAUACAGCGUCCAAAGUGUCCCUGAACCAAGAGGAAUCGACCGGCACACAUGAAGACUUUACUGACAUGAGUCCCAUGCCAGAUUCGACUGACAAUGCCAAAGGUGCAGUCUCACGCCAAAGACGCGAAAAGGACAUAAGAUUCGUCCCUAAAGAGCGCACAUUAACGACUGUCCUCACCGUGACCUCGGGCGACACAGGCCACGAUGCCACACGCGUACAGGGCAGAAGCGACAACCCAGACGCCGACGAACAGCCAAGAAACGAUGAGGAUCUUGCGCCAGGCCUGCCCGAGCUCCCGACCAUUGACGCAUUCAUUCACGGGGCGCUCUUCCUGGGCGCCGAGGAGCCCGGCCAGGCAGGCGAAGCCCGAAUGGCCGCAGACGGAACGAGAGGCCGGGCGGAGGUGCGUUGGGGCGCUGACGCUGAGCCCAAGGAGUCCUCGCUGAGGCUGUCAACGAGAACGUCCGUCGAAUCCGCUGGUGACUUCACAGACGUCCCAUCUGAAGCGACCUCAGCCCUGGACCAUGAAGCGCUGACUGGACUGGUUUUAUACUUCCUUUUGACCUUUCGUGCGCUGCAACUCUAGCUGGCCAACCCUGUUGCACUGAUAAAGACCGCUCUGAAACACACGGCGAUCAAGCUAUUUGUAAAUAUAAUCUUACUGUAAUGUAAUGAAUAACAAUCAUUACAAAUCAUCAAAUCAUUAGGGAAGUAAAAGUAACAUACAUACAUCUUACAUAACUUUUUGCGCACAAACGUA